AUGCAGACGAUUUCCAAAUUUCCAUUCGAUCGACAGCACUGCAAAGUGAAAUUCUCGUCAUGGGUCUAUACAGAGGAUGAACUAACGCUAAGCUCUCCAAUAGAACAACUAGACUUAUCGAAUGGAGGAUAUCAAGGGAACAGCGAGUGGGAGGUGACAUCGAUCAAUGUAAAGACCAUAGUCACUGACGAUCAGGAUAGUAAGAAGUUCCAGGAACUACACUAUUCGAUAGAGCUGAAGCGUCACUCCUCCUACUACGUCUACGUUUUAUUUUUGCCAACAUUUAUAACUACAGCACUCUGUUUGAUCGGGCUUUUCACACCUUUUAACAACACUGGAGAAAGAUCAGAAAGGACGACUCUAGGACUGACUACACUUCUUUCUUUGGCAGUAAUUCUGAACAUCAUCGGCGACGACAUGCCAAAAUCUUCUACAUUACCGCUACUCGCAAAAUAUGUUUUGGCCGAGAUUUUGCUUUGUUGUAUUGGAGUAUUGGUGACGGUUGUGCUACUGGUGGCUCAUCACCGUAUCCUCACAAGACAAGUACUUCCACCGGCUCGAAUGACAAAAGAAGAAUGGAAUGGAAGCGAGCCUAACAAACUCGGUAUACGAACACUGAUAUCAUCUCGCGAAUGGCAUGAGAAACAACGAGCUUUCGAUGAGAUGGAAGAAACACUGAUGGAACUCUGUACUGAAAUCGAACGCAUCCGAACUCGAGAAAACCUUCGCCUCUAUUGGACCAAAAUAUUCGAUGCACUCGACAUGGUCUUCCUCAUUCUUUUCCAAAUCGUUAAUUUUAUUCUCAGCAUAUGUUAUCUCAUGAUACGAUGA